CUCAUUUUUAGCUAUUGCACUCUUGUUACUCUUUGGGUUAUACUCACCUUUUAUUUUUGUUAUCUCAACAUGAAUGUAACACUUUCCUCUAUUUUAACCUGAGUCUUUUUAUUCAAUCAGUUUAAACUUUAAGCCCAUAAUCGUUAUUUUAGACCUACAACCUACUGUUCAAGGUAUCCCAUCAAUGGAAACAAGGAGCUUGAUGCAGGCCACUUUCAAUAAACUCCCCAACAAGCUAAAGGAGCAAUGUGAAAAUUGUUUGUUAAAAGAUGUUGUUGGUCAUGGCAAAAAAGCUGAAGAAAUUCUUUGGACUCGGGUUUAUCAUGAACCUAUGCAAAUCUAUAAGCGUAUGAAAGGCGCAGCGAGUAGUCAAGAUAUUAUAGCUCUUCAGCUUCAUUUUGUUUCUGGUGUUGGUUUUUACUACAGCCUACUGCAAAAAAUUUCCGCUGAAUACAAAAUAGACUUUGGACCUGCUCUCAGUGAAUUGAAGCGUAAUUUAAUUUAUUGUGAGCCUCUUAAAGUUGAAAGUCAACGUAAUGUUACGAACCAAGAAAGAGAGGCAAUUCGUUUGGUCACACACGGCAUAUACAUCCAUCUUGGGGAUAUUUUCCGUUAUUUAGAUUAUCUUAACUAUCCUGAAAGUAAAUCCAUGGCUAUCAAAUGGUAUGACAUUGCCAUUUUGUUUGAACCAAGCAUUGGUAUGCCAUACAACCAAUUAGGCACCUUGUGUUCAAAUUACAAUUAUGGAUUUGACUCAGCUUACUUCUAUAUGCGAUGUCUCAUGAGCGACAAGCCGUUUGAUGGAGCUGAAGGUAACUUAAAAAGAAUAUUGAUGUCGGCUCCGAGAUUCCUUGCGGAGGAAAUGAAUAAAAAUCGAGAUACAGAUGAAGAAAUUGUCAAAAAAUGUAUCAUUCAGCUUCUCAUUGUUGCUAAUCACAUAUUCAAUGAUUCAUCCAGUAAAUCUGAAAUGGAGGUGGCCAAUGCAAUUCAAGAGUUUCUUACUACUUUCACUUUGGCUCUCAACUUAUCACCUAAAGCUAGAACUCCUCACAAGCCAACUUAUCUAGACCCUGCUCUUAUUUUUGAAAUGGGAACCAUGUCAUUGAUGUUCAUCAAUUAUUUACGAGCUAACGGGAUUGGAAGCGGUAUUUACUAUUCUGCUAGCGUAGCCCUGGCUCUAAAUUUUCUUCUUUUGAAUGUCAAUGCGUUCUUGGUGCGAUUUAAAGAUAAAAUAGAUGCACUCAAUGUUAGCCAAAAACCUACAGCUAUAAGCAACGGGUCAGGCUCAGGAGCUCCUUCUUCAUCUAAAGAGAAUUCUCCUGAAUUCUCUCCAAGGCGAACACUAUCUCGAUUGCGGAGGCGUAAAGCUGCUAUUACAUACGAAAAUAUUGACACUUAUUUACUUGAUUUUGAUGAAGAUGAUUCAGAACUUAGUGAAUUGGAGGAAACUGCACUAAGCACUAUAGAUGCCCUUGAAAUCAGCUCAGAUAUCAGUGAAACUGGAAGUGUAUGUGACGAAGGUUACACCUUAAAGAGCAGUGAUGAUGAGGAUAGCCAAACAGUCCAUUCAAAUUCUGAUGAACAAGUAACCUUAAAAAGUCAUGCCAACGUUGAAGAGGUUCUUCGUUACCUUUAUUGCGAAACCAGUUUACCUACUAUCAAAACUCUUUGUGAUUGGCUUCGUGUGGAUCAAAAACUUGUUGCAUUCAGUGCAGAAUCUAUAAACGGAUUAUUCUCUCAGUUUGCUGAAAUGUUAAACAUACUAAAGGAUGUUGAGAUCAAAGCUUUGGCCUCUAACACAAAACUUGAACGUCUAAAAUACACAGACCCUAAUUGGACUCAAAAGUACCCAUUGACCUCAGACAUGAACCUGCUCAAAUUCAAACUAUUGGAUAAAUUCCAAUCAUCAUCUUUAGAUAUUCAGAAAUACAAUGAAAAUAUGGAUGCAGAGGAAAUGGGAUUCCUUACUUUGGAAUGUAUUAUCAGCUUCGGACAUUUUCUCACUAACAAUAUGAACAAAAGUCAAUUAUCCUAUGACGUUGCCACUCGUAGUUUUAAAUAUGAUGAGACAACUGAAAUGAAAACAGCCAAGUUACCAAGAAACUCUUCAGCAAUGUCUAAUGGUGUCAAGAAUUAUUCUCGAAAAAUGGAAUCUAUCUCCCAAGAUGAUGAAUUUAUGACCAAUGGUAAAUCUAAAUGGAAUUUUGAAGGGAAUGAGAUGAACAGCUCUCAAGGCAAUGAUUUAUCCAAACAAAAACAAGUUAUGCGGAACAUGGCUCAUCUUUGGUUAAAAUCUGAAGUCAGUUUCCUGGAGAAAGCAGUUCGUGGAAAAGACUCGACAUUGUCGCCUUACGUGGUUAUUCAUGUUAGCGCUUAUCUUUAUCAAUUGACAGCAGUUCGGGAUUUAAUGUUCUCUAAACGAUUCUUCGUUGUGGUUCCUAAAAUUGUACUUCAAGACCUUGACCAUUACAAAAAAAUAAGUCCAGCUGCUCGUGAAGCUAUUCGUCUCAUUGAAAAUGAGGCUCAAAAAGGUCGAUUCAUAAAAUUUCUUAAUGACCGCGAUCGAAGCUCUCUUGCUCCUCUCAAAUAUCCUCGACGUCGAGAUCGAGAAGCGUUCGAUUUUUUCAUUUUCCUGGAAUAUUGUAACUAUCUAAACAAACAAAAAAGCUCUGUCACAAACGAGAAUCGAACAAAUUUACCCAUGGUAGUAGCCCUUUAUGGAAACAAUGCUAAAUUGCCUGCUAAUGCUGAUGUUUUGGCUCGCAGUGCAGGUAUUACGAUGGAAAAGAUUGACGUUUUCAAUUCAAAAUGGCGUAACUCAAGAAAGACACGCACUUGAAACUUUAAGGACUAAAUGAUGUGUCCAGCAAGGGAUUAACUCUACUUCCCAUGAAGGAGUGACUGAAUUCCGGGUUCCAGUUAUGAACUACAAUUUACUUGCCCUUAGAAUGUGAUCAUUCUUUUGGCCAACAAGACCCUAAAAAGUAAAAUACAAACAAACAAAAAAACUCUUUCUGUAGGUUCUUGGGAUCUCGAUUAUGGCUGAUAUUGUCUCUUAGUGGAAUUGAAUUGCAAUUGCCUCAACAAACAUAACGUGUGCUGUCAAAUGGUUUGAAUAAGUUAUUGGGAACUUAAUAUAGAGCAAAUACACACAAAUAAGGAUCUAAAAAGAUGAAUUAGAGGCCCAAGAAUUGCUUAAGGGUUAAAUAAGAUAUGGAAAGAAAAUGCAACGUUAAGACAGACAAUCGCAGAACAAAUCAACAAAAGAUGUUUUAGGCUGAUUGGGCCAUGUUUUAGUUUGAUAUCAAAAACAAACAAAUUAAGUUGUGCUUUCGCUUGCUUUUUCUUUCCUUAUAGCUUAUUUCUUUAUAUUAUUGAUUUUUCCCGAAUAUAUAAUUUAAAUUUUGUGUCUUUCCCGAAAUCUUUCUCUUUAUUUGUCAUUCAAAUUUUUGUGUGAUCACUGAUCAAUUACCAACUCUUGAGAAAGAUGAAAUAAUAUUGAGUUCCCCUUUCUUCAAAUUAUUGUCACACUCUUUGUCACUUUUUCUUUUAUCACCCUUACCCACAUUUUUGCAUCAUUUUCAAAAUUCGAUCUAAUUUACAAUCCAUUUUAAACUGUGCUCUGCUGGAUUUAAUAUUCAAUUGUUUACUGUGUAUUUUCAUCGACUCUCAUGUCUCAUCUAUUCUCACUUCAGCCAACUCAGAGAGCUGUAACAUAAAAGGCUAUUUAAAAUAUAAAAUCUAUACAUAAGAGUCACUCUUAAGUUCACAAAAAGGGUCAGAGUGAGGCUAUUUUUAGAUGUUUCCAUCGCGAGUAUAUUUUGUUUUCAGAGAUAAUAAAUAAUAAGAAACAUUUGAACCCAAAGGUACUUUUAUUUCUUGUUGGAUGACGACUAUGAAGAAAAUUUUUGUGACUCUUAAUGUAUACAAAAGUGAAGAAUGUUGAAUUCAUUAAAGUUGAUAGUUUUUUU